CAAAUAUAUGCAUACCCAUAAGAUAGCCCUAUGAACAGCAGCAACAACCUAAUACCAAUUCCUCCGACACCACGACAAUACAAAACCCUAUUCUCUCUCUCGCUCCCCACUCGCCCCUCCACAACCCAACAAUGACAACCCCAACACCCACACCCACCGACUCCCCCUUCCAAACCCCCCUCACACCCUACCCAGCCCGAACCCUUACCUCAACAGCCACAAUCGCAAACACACCCACCGUCUGCACACGCAUCGACUUUGCCGAUCGAAUCCUGCUCACAAUCUCACAGGAAGGCCGGUUGGCGUACUGGCUCCAAACCCCACUCAUAACACCAACACCAGAUCCAGACCCAUCCUUCUCCUCGAGUCUCUUACCUUCUUCCAACACCGACAACGACGACAGCAAUAACAGCAAUAACCUCCUCCCUCCAACACACCUUACGCCAACGUCCCUCCUCGGCACACCACCGGCAUACCUCUCUACAUUCGCACAAACGCUCUGUGCCAAGACUGGGGGCUUGAUACUCGAGGCCGCGGCAGCGCAGAGUAACAAGACGGAGCAUCGACCGCUCAUACUAGGCGUCGGGUUUGCGGGGGCCAUGUUGAAGGAGUUACAACAGUCGCAGACUUCGAGUGGACAGAGUAAUAGUAGUAGGUUGUUUGGAGAGUUGGUAGGGCUUGUGCUAGGCGUGCUGUGAUGAGAUUUGGACGGGACAAUGGAUGAGGGAUGAUGCAUGAUGCAUGAUGGAUAAUGAAGUCACUGAAUACCCAGCCGUCAUGUAGAAAAGAACUGCUUCACAUAUCUAAGCUACAAUGUUUCAUUGCGUACCAGUGAUACUAUCUUUGCCGCUCGCUUGUCAUCACCACGUAACACAUUCCACCGUCCAAACUAGUGCCCGGUUCGCCAUUUUAGUCGGGAAAGUAGGAACUGGAUCGCAUAAAAAAAAAGGAGGGCGAAGUCUUUGGGCCGGGAGCCGAUACAUGCACAACCAUUAUGCACAUUGUCGGACCCAUGACAACCGUGGUAAUAGCUGGACGGCUGCUUUUCUAUAACCGUACACGAGAUGUGAU